AUGUUUUUCAAGUCCCUCGAUCUCACGACUGCGUUACGACCCUUACUGUUACCUGACGAGACUCUACUCUUUGUCCAGGACGCAGUAGGGUUGUACGAAGGGAAAUACAAGAUACCUGAUUACCAAAAUGGCCAUGCUUAUUUGACAUCACAUCGGGUUUGUUAUAUAGCGGCUGAGGACCCUCGCAAGUUCUCUGUGGCGAUUGAUCUCAAGGAGAUUGACCGUGCAGAAGUACUUGAGUAUGGAAAGGCAGGCUUCUUGAAGUCGUCACCAAAGAUUACUAUCUACCCCAAGCCACAAAAAAGCAAGACCGAUAAGUCGCGUAGCGCAACUUCCAGUCCGGCCGUACCCUCGUCGUCCACCCUCCAUCCAGGCAAGCCGCUAUCUCCCUUACCACAAUCGAUCGCACCGCAGCCGUCUCCCUCUCCCAAGCCGGUAAAUGCGACGUGGAUUUGUCCCAUAUGCUCUUUCUCAAAUCCUGUGCCCUCAAACUUUGACCCCGCGACAGCGACAGCUACAACAAAUCUCCCGCCAUGCUUAGCUUGUGGCAUCAAACCGCCUUUGACAACGGUGUUAAAAGCCGCUGUCAAUGCGGCAGCUAGUCGAGAAUCGCCUUUACCGCGACCGAGCUCUUUGCCUGUCGGUGAACAUACGAACUCUACUACGGGUACCCAAUCAGCCUCUGGUUCCGUGUCUUGUCCUCGAUGUACCUUUGUCAAUCAUCCAUCUCUUAUAGAAUGUGAAAUGUGUGGCACCUCAUUGAUAGUUGCGACUUCUUCUGCCGGAAAUGGGAAUAUUCGUGUAGAGUCACCAGCUCCGUUUUUUGAGCAAUCGCGAAUUCCUAAUACUGAAGUGAGCGAGACCAUCAAGCUGUCUUUCCGUGCCGGCGGGGAAAAGACGUUCCAUGAGAGGUUGAAAGGCGGUCUUGUUCAACGAAAAUGGUUACUCCAGAAUGCACCUCCAGUACCUCCCCCAUCACAAAUGUCGACAACGAGUGCCCCCUCUACUGCUACACUGGAGAGCCCACAGCCAGCAGCUCCACGACCAACAGCUGUUGGAAUUGCGGGUCUUGAACAGCGAGGCCUGGAAGCGCGCAUGAAUAAUCAACUAGUCAUCGGCAAUGCUUUUGAGGACCUUGAAGCUCUAAUGGCUUCAGCCAAGCAAAUUGUCGCACUGGCCGAGACUCUGGCCCGAGAAUCUGGCAUGUCGAGCGAGGGCUCUGCCGAGACUUACGCAGUCUUAUCUGAAUCUGUAGCCGCAUUGGGAAUGGUAACCACGAAAGAUAUGCUCAGUUCUGGGUCAGAGAACCUUUAUCUGUCCGAACUAGCACGCAAUCUGGCCGAAUAUUUGACAGAUGACCGUAAGGGGGUUCUCCAGCGUGAAGGGGGCAUCAUGAGUCUUAUCGACCUAUGGGCAGUCUUCAACCGCUCACGGAAUGGAGUGGAGCUUAUCAGCCCUUCAGACUUCCAACGGGCGGCGGAACUCUGGGAGAAGCUCAAACUACCGGUUCGUCUAAGACGUUUCAAAAGUGGUCUUUUAGUGGUUCAGCGAUAUGACUGGAGUGACGAUAAAACAGUGCGUCAAAUACAGGAUUGGAUGGAAGAACUACGGCAGGUCCCACCGGAUGAGCCAGUUCCAUGGGACUGGACAGUCUUUGGUCGAGCUGUCACUGCACAGGAAACCGCCCAGCGCUUCAUGUGGAGUGUUGGAGUCGCUGCUGAAGAACUUGAGAUGGCAGAGGAUCGAGGGGCUCUCUGUCGAGAAGAAGGAAUUGAAGGACUACGAUUUUGGAGUAACAGAUUUACCGAUUCACUGGCAGUUUUAAAGUGA